CUCCUUUUAUGGUGGCGGCCAUUUUGGCCGGGUGGCAGCGGGAGCACGUUGUCUCCGUGUCCAGCUGUGAGCCACGGGGCCCAGCGAGUUUCCCGUUCGCAGCCCCCUUCCCUACCCCGUCCUGGACGGGAGGCUUCUCCUUCUCUCCCCCACCCCCUGUCUCGGCAUUUUUGGAACUUGAUCUGUCCACCUCCAUCAUUUUUAUAACUUCAAUUUGGAUAUAAUUCUAAGUUCCUCAGUAUGGCUGAUAAGCUAACAAGAAUCGCUAUUGUGAACCAUGACAAAUGUAAGCCAAAGAAAUGCCGUCAGGAGUGCAAGAAGAGCUGCCCUGUGGUUCGGAUGGGAAAAUUGUGCAUAGAAGUAACAUCACUGUGCAAAAUAGCGUGGAUUUCUGAAACGUUAUGCAUUGGUUGCGGUAUUUGCAUUAAGAAAUGUCCCUUUGGAGCCUUGUCAAUUGUUAACUUACCUAGCAACCUGGAGAAAGAAACAACACACAGAUAUUGUGCCAAUGCCUUCAAACUUCACAGGUUGCCUAUUCCACGUCCAGGAGAGGUACUGGGAUUGGUUGGAACGAACGGUAUUGGAAAGUCAACUGCCUUGAAAAUCUUAGCAGGAAAACAGAAGCCGAACCUUGGGAAAUAUGAUGACCCACCCGAUUGGCAAGAAAUCCUGACUUACUUUCGAGGAUCUGAGUUACAGAACUACUUCACAAAGAUCCUGGAAGAUGACCUCAAGGCCAUCAUUAAACCUCAGUAUGUGGACCAGAUUCCUAAAGCUGCUAAAGGAACGGUGGGCACCAUAUUGGACAGGAAGGAUGAAACCGGCACACAGACUAUUGUAUGUCAGCAGCUUGAUUUGUCCCAUCUGAGAGAACGAAAUGUGGAAGAUUUAUCGGGAGGAGAAUUGCAGAGAUUUGCUUGUGCUGUGGUUUGCAUCCAAAAGGCUGAUAUCUUCAUGUUUGAUGAGCCCUCCAGCUACCUAGACGUUAAGCAGCGUCUGAAGGCUGCCAUUACUAUUCGAUCUCUAAUAAACCCAGACAGGUACAUCAUUGUUGUAGAGCAUGACCUGAGUGUGCUAGAUUACCUUUCUGACUUUAUCUGCUGCUUAUAUGGUGUGCCUAGUGCUUAUGGUGUCGUCACUAUGCCUUUCAGUGUAAGAGAAGGCAUAAAUAUUUUCCUGGAUGGCUAUGUUCCAACAGAAAACUUAAGAUUCCGAGAUGCGUCUUUAGUUUUCAAAGUGGCAGAGACAGCCAAUGAAGAAGAAGUUAAGAAGAUGUGCAUGUAUAAAUAUCCUGGAAUGAGAAAAAAGAUGGGAGAGUUUGAGCUGUCAAUCGUAGCUGGAGAGUUCACUGACUCUGAGAUAAUGGUGAUGCUGGGAGAAAAUGGAACUGGCAAGACAACUUUCAUUCGCAUGCUUGCAGGGAGACUUACACCUGAUGAUAAAAGUGAAGUACCAGUUCUGAAUGUUAGUUAUAAGCCGCAGAAGAUCAGUCCUAAGUCUACAGGAAGUGUACGUCAGCUACUUCACGAAAAGAUUCGAGAUGCCUAUACUCAUCCCCAGUUUGUGACUGAUGUGAUGAAGCCUCUGCAGAUUGAGAAUAUUAUUGAUCAAGAGGUCCAAACAUUGUCUGGUGGUGAGUUGCAGCGGGUUGCUCUUGCUCUCUGUCUCGGCAAGCCUGCUGAUGUCUACCUGAUUGAUGAACCUUCUGCAUACCUGGACUCAGAACAACGUCUAAUGGCAGCUAGAGUUGUCAAACGUUUCAUUCUCCAUGCUAAAAAAACAGCCUUUGUGGUAGAGCAUGACUUCAUCAUGGCUACCUACCUAGCAGAUCGUGUCAUUGUCUUUGAUGGAAUUCCAUCCAGAUGCACAGUGGCAAACAGUCCUCAGACUCUUUUGGCUGGCAUGAAUAAGUUUUUGUCUCAGCUUGAAAUUACUUUCAGAAGAGAUCCUAACAAUUACAGACCAAGAAUAAACAAACUCAAUUCAAUCAAGGAUGUGGAACAGAAGAAAAGUGGAAACUACUUUUUCUUGGAUGAUUAAAAGAAAAGUUGGUCAUCAGUUUAUAAAAAUGAAAACUUUGUUAUAUGAAAUGCAAUCAGGUUUUAAAAUGCCGCACUCAUUCCAGAGGUUAAAAUAGAAUGUUACUGUCAGGUAACACCUACUGCCCAGUAGAAAUGUCAGAGUACCACUUUUUGUGCCUGACAAGGCCAUCUUUUGGAUGUAAUAUUUCAGAACAGAGACAGCUGAAUUUAACAAACCAAGAGACUAUGUGGUUUUUCAGAGUGGGGAUAUUUUGGUUCAAAUGUAACUUAUUAAUGUACCAAAUGCUGACACGUUUCCAAUUCUAAGUCUUUCAGUUGUUUUCUGUACAAGAUGGUUUACAAAAAUGUCAAGACAUAGACAUUACUAUUUUAAAAGAUUCUGUCUCUCUGUAAAUGAGGGUUUCUCAAAUAAAUACCCAUCUAAAUCUA